AUGAGUUCACGUACAUAUACAGAUGCCAUAAAUGCUCUCAACUCGUUGCAAUCAAAUUUUGCUUCCAUUGAAGCAAUGAAGAAAUUAGGACCCAACGUCAAUCGGAAUGAAUUGUCAAUUAAUGAAGUUCGUGAAUACACUUCACGAUUAGGCUACACUCCCAAAGACUUCAACAAGUUGAACAUAAUUCAUGUCACUGGAACUAAAGGUAAAGGAUCUACUUGCGCAUUCACUGAAAGUAUUUUGAAACAGUAUCAAUUGAAAUAUAUCUCCAAGAUUGGAUUGUAUACAUCACCACAUUUGAAAUCAGUUCGUGAAAGAAUAAGAAUCAAUGGGCAGCCAAUUGGUAAAAAAUUGUUUACAAAAUACUUUUUCGAAGUCUGGGAUAAGCUUACAAACACCAAAUCUGAUCCUAAUGAAUGGCCAAGUUUACAACCAAGUGACGUUGUGAAACCAAUGUAUUUCAAAUACUUAACCAUCCUAUCAUUCCAUGUGUUUUUACAAGAAGGUGUUGACACUGCGAUUUACGAAGUUGGUGUUGGGGGCACAUUCGAUUCAACAAACAUCAUCGAUAAACCAACAGUCACUGGUAUAAGUGCAUUGGGAAUUGAUCACACAUUUAUGUUGGGAAAUACAAUAGAAAGCAUUACUGAUAACAAGACAGGUAUUUUUAAAAAGGACACACCUGCCUUUGUGAGCGAACAAAAGGAGUACCCUAAAACACAUGCUCUUAUUGAGAAGCGAGCAAACGAGUUGGGUGUAUCUUCAUUAGAAUUUGUUCACCCUGAUGAUAUACCAAAUGUUGAGUUGGGACUACUGGGAGAAUUUCAAAAGGAAAAUGCAGCAUUGGCUGUGAGGUUGGCCGAUACUCAUUUAAAGUCCAUUGGAGUUGACAGCGGGCUCACGUUGAACAGUGGCAAGGUGGAAUCACUUCCCAACCAGUUCAUCAAGGGGUUGAAGGAUGUUGAUUGGCCAGGAAGAUGUCAAAUCAUCGCCAACAAUCCAACAGGUAUAACAUGGUACGUUGAUGGUGCACAUACAAUAGAAUCAAUAACUGCAUCAUCGACUUGGUUCAAAGGCGAACAGUUAAAGUCUGCUCCCAAAAAAAGGGUACUUUUAUUCAAUCAACAAGGUCGUGACAACUAUGCUGAGUUGCUCACCACAUUGUAUCAAGCCAUUUCUACAAAAGAUCCUAAAGUCUCCUUCGAUGAGGUGAUUUUCACGCCAAACAUUACAUGGUCUUCUGGACAAUACAAUCCAGAAUUAUUGGCAAAAAACACGUCUGAAGAUGCAGUAAAGAAAUUAGAAAUUCAACACCAGUUUAGUGAAUUAUGGAAGCAGCUAGAUGGUGGCAGGGCCAAGAGACAGGUGUUUCCUGACAUUGAAUCAGCAGUAGAACAUCUCAAGAAAGAGAAACAAGAAUUGAAUGUUUUUGUAUGUGGGUCCCUACACUUGGUUGGUGGGUUUUUAGUCGUUUUAGAUAACGAAAGAGAAUAG